CAUAAAGAGCAGCUGAUGCAAGAGCAGCCGGAGAUCACAGGAGGAGACUGGAGAGGUAUCAUCAUGCCCAUCAUCAGAACCCUCGGUACGGUGGCCCAGCAGGCCCAGCGGGUCCAGCAGGUUCUGCCGGUAACGGUGGCGAUCCGGAACAUCAGCUUCUCUCCCAGACAGGUGACGUCUGACGCCAGCUUCCACUCCGUGUCCUUCUCAGAGACGGACCACCCCAAGGUUCUGAUCACAGGUGGACUCGGACAGCUGGGGGUUGGACUCGCCAAACUGCUCAGGAAGCGCUUUGGAAAAAACAACGUGAUUCUGUCCGACAUCCGGAAACCUCCGAGCAACGUGUUCCACAGCGGUCCCUUCAUCUACUCAGACAUUCUGGACUACAAGAACCUCCGUGAGAUCGUGGUGAACAACCGGAUCACCUGGUUGGUCCACUACAGCGCUCUGCUCAGCGCAGUGGGAGAAGCUAACGUAGCGCUAGCUCGAUCCGUCAACAUCACCGGGCUUCACAACAUCCUGGACAUCGCAGCAGAACAUGGCCUCCGUCUGUUUGUUCCCAGCACCAUCGGAGCCUUCGGACCCACCUCCCCUCGGAACCCGACGCCAGACCUUUGUGUUCAGAGACCCAGAACCAUCUACGGGGUCUCCAAGGUCCACGCCGAGCUCAUGGGAGAGUAUUACCACCAUCGCUACGGUCUGGACUUCCGCUGCCUCCGUUAUCCAGGAAUCAUCUCAGCAGACUCCAUGCCGGGAGGCGGCACUACAGACUACGCCGUGCAGAUCUUCCAUGACGCCAUCAAAAGUGGGAAGUUUGAGUGCAACCUGAAGCCGGACACGCGGCUGCCCAUGAUGUACAUCGACGACUGUCUGCGGGCGACGCUGGAGGUGAUGGAGGCGCCGGCCGACACGCUCACCAUGAGGACCUACAACAUCAACGCCAUGAGCUUCACGCCUGAGGAGCUCAGCCAGGAGCUGCAGAAACAGAUGCCGGAGCUGGAGGUCACGUAUGACGUGGACCUCGUACGGCAGGCCAUCGCCGACAGCUGGCCGAUGGACUUCGACGACUCCAACGCCAGGAAGGACUGGGGCUGGAAGCAUGACUACGACCUUCCAGAACUGGUCCAGACGAUGCUCAACUACUUCGGAGUAGAAACCCGGAUGGUUGGGGCCAACUGAGGGGGCGGUUCUGUGUACAUAAAGACUGACCAAAGAGAACAGAGCGCCUCCUGCUGGUUCUGUCUCUAAACUGAAGGGCUCGGCUCCAGAAGCUCCGGUGGGUCGGACCUUCCUCCCGCUGACGCUCUGCUCUCUUUCCUCUUCCUGCUCGCAGGUUCUGGUGUCGGCAGUUUCAGGGAUUCUAACGGGCCUUUAGACGACCACGUGCAUGUCGAGGGAUGUUCUGUUUCUACCUGCAGGUUCCUUCCAGGUUCUACCUGGAAUGUCUAAGGAGGGUCAACAUUCAGGUUCUGCUGAAGCUCAGUCCAGUUUGUCCUGAAGCACUUUAGAAGGAAGGAAACUCUGCAGGUUCUGACAGACAACCCGACAAAGAUUCUUCACUCAACUUAUUUAUUCUGUCACUGUGAAACGUGAGGGAGCUUCAGCAGGAAACCUUUUCUAAACUCUGGUCUUCAGUGUUUCUGUCUGUGCUGUUCUGGUUCCAUGAGGCCACUCGGUGGUUCUGCUGGUUCUGCUGGUUCUGUUUUAUUUCCAUGAGGCCACUCGGUGGUUCUGGUUCUGUCUGUUCUGUCAAUCACAUGAUGAGCUUUGACAAUAAAACUUUUUUCAUGUU